GGAACCUGGCUAAAGGGAUUCCUUCACUGUAGAUUUUAUCACUGUUCCUUGUUGUCAUAUUGAAUACACUCUUGAAAGUCUGCCACAUAAUUAUUAGAAAAAGUUUUGAAGACGUGUGAAGAUGUCUGAAAGCCAGGCUGAGGAUACACGGCUUUGCACCAACUGUAAGCGAGACAUUCCUGCGACAAAUUUCACCAUCCACGAAAUUCACUGCCAAAGGAACAUCGAUCUCUGCGGGUACUGCCAUGAACCGUUCCCCAAAUCCGAGAUGGAGGAGCACUUUGAAAUGGAGCAUGCACUGGUUGAUUGUAAGUGCAGUAUGAAAGUAGAGAAAAAUCUAUUGGAGAAACACAUGAGUACAGAAUGCCCUCUACGACUGAUUAAAUGCCAGUACUGUGAGCUGGAACUUGCGUUCAACAAGUCUGAAGAGCAUGACGAUUACUGCGGAUCAAGGACCGAGCCCUGUACAACUUGCGGACGUAAUGUCAUGAUCAAAGAUCUCAACGCGCACCCCAUCACGUGCGGCCAAGAGGAGAGAAACAACAACCAAGUCCGGCCGAGGCCAGAUUACCACUUUGAAGACAACCUGGGGACCUGGUUUGAAAACCAGCCGUACAGAAGCCUCCUGAGAACUGAGGAAAACUACAUUCGAUCAUGGCCGAGACUCUCCAGACCCCUGGAAACCAAAUUUCAUGGGAACAGGGAGACGGGGAUUUUCAUGAGAAGGAAUGUACUACCAAGAGUUAGAGAUCCGAAUCAAGCCAGCAUGGUGAGGACUGAGAGGACCCGGAUGGCAGACCCUGCUGGUCCAGACCAUAUGGACGCCAACUCUAACCUGGAUUACCUGCUCGCCCUGAGUCUGCAGAAUGAGCACGGUGGAGGCGGAGAAGGAGAUUGGCCGCACUGGGAGGACCUUCAGCCGGACUGUGUGUACCCUACACAACUACAGGACGUCAAGGGCUGGUUCGAAAGCCAUUCAGCGUCUCAUGUUUUCCCUCCAACUGCAAACGUCCAAGAGGAGAAAACAAAUGAUGCCACGAUGUUGCCUUGCGAGUUCUGUGAAGACCUUUUCCCUGAAGAAGAGCUCAUUCUUCACCAGACAGGCUGUAACCCACUGAGUGCCUUGGUAUCAUUCAGUAAGACUGCCACGCCUUCCCCACCAAUCUCACUUCCCAGAAGGAGUGACAUUUUCUCCAAUCGCCAGACCGUGGAGCCUGAAUGCUUCCCUCAAGACUACCCGGUGCCACCGUGUGGGCAGAUUGUGAACUUGGGAGAUGGGGACGUCAUGAUUCCCUGCGAGUUCUGUGGCAUUCCCCUGGAAGAAGAUGUCCUGUACCAUCACCAGGACCAGUGUGAUUUGAGACCACUGACCGCAAGGUCAACGGAUCAGAACCCCAACCAAGCGCUCUUAGCCCCCAAAGCUGAGAAAAGAGAGCUUCCUGAAGUGCCCAUUCGACGAUCGAGACACCAGGGAGAUGUAGGAUUGAGCUACUUGUCUCGAAUGGAUGACAUCCAGCCACGUUCAGUGAUUCGACCGUUCAGGGUAAAAGCAGGAACCUCUCCGGCAGCUUUUAGACCUCCAAUGGGGGCCCUGAAAUCAUUAACAGAGGACAGCUUCCUCCCAGCUACCAGAAUAGCCAAGAUCCCCAACAGAGAGGCGUCAGAGCUGAGGCGACGGGCCAGGAAACCACUGGAGCCAUCAGUGGGGUCCACACAUCCCAUUGGAGAUCUAUUUCCGGACGGAUACAAACCCAGUUUUCCACAUGUAUAUCCUGCCAGAUCAAGUGCAAGAACAGAUGGAUCUCGAAUCACCAGGAACGUACUUCCCAGCGCUUCCAGGAACACACUUUCCAGCACUUCCAGGAACAGAAUCCCAGGGAUAAAGCCAGGUCUCCCCAAACCCAGGCCAGAGAACGACGGGAAGGAGGAAGAGUGACGGAGCGAGGCUGCACUCGGCUAUUGGCAUUGAUGUCCAACUCCUAAAUUAUAUUUAGCGCUAAAACUCAGGACGUUCAUUUUUUCUAUGCAAAGAAAAUGUCUGUCUGAGUGUGGUGUACAUGGUGAUAGUGUCUGUGUUUCUUUUUUUUAAAAAAAAAACUCAUUUUGAAGUGAAAAGGAAAUGUAUAACAGAAGUUUGCAUGUCUGUCGAAUUCUCUCGUCGCCUUGCCACAUGAGUCAUUAAAAAGAUGAAAUUUUUCUGCCCACUUCUUCAAAGCACUUGAUUUUACAGUUGUACUGAGCUCCGGGGCGGGGAUGGUGGGCGUCAAAUACAGGUCAAUGAUUUAAUUCCAGUAACAGUUUGGAAAUUAAUCAAGUCCAAUUUGCACUCGGAUGAAAAUGACUAUGCCUAGAACUGUGUGUGUGCUGGGGGUUGGGGGUAAGGACUAGUAAAGGUGCUCGGAGAAGUGGUUUAAGUGAUUCUCAAAAUCAGAGACGAGAGCAAAUCUCAGGAUGGCUUUGUGAGAGGGUGAGUCAUCCAUUUGGGAAAGGGGAGCAGAAUAUUCGAGUAAAGGGAGGGAGAAUCUGGACCAAAUCUGUCUAUAGCUUCUUUCCUGAACCUCCUUGCGACUCCUGGCUCAAUAAGUCUUACUGAGAAACGCAUGAUUUCCUUUUCGGAAAAAUAGCAAAUUUGUUUGCGUAACCAAUAUUCACUUUGUGGCGUAGACAGUGUUGGCUGCUGUUGGGUACAGCACAUGCAUGUUUUUUGUACAACUUCCUUUCAAUGUUGAAUAUAAAUAUCAUUUGUCCUUUUUCUUCUGUUUAGAAAGUCUCCCUUUUGACUUACUGUUGCAGUAACUCCUGUUAAAACUACUCAUCCUUUUAAUGUCUCCUGAUCACACAUUGCAUUCUUGGCGGGGACUGAGAUGGUGUUUUGUUACGAGUUGACUGAACAGAUGUCUUUUUUUUAGACGUAGAAAGUUGUCUCUUGAUGGGAAAUCUAGCAGUUCUGUAAUUGAUAGUUUUGCUUGCGUUAGUCUUCAGCCACUGCUGCUCCUGAGUGUACCCAGGAAAAAAGGCUUUAGGACAUUUUAAAACUAUCUGUACUUCCUCCAACAAUAGAUAAUUUUUCUUUCCAUUGCGGUUGGAGCGUUUCAAACUACAGUAUCCUUGAGAAACUUGCUUGCUAAACUGUACAGGACUUGUUUGAUCUAGGUCUGCUUCUGCUAGACCUGGGUGAGUUUAUGAUCUGUUCUGUAAAGCUUAUCCCUAAUUCUGCUGUCUCUUCCUGCUUGUCUGCUCAUAUCUUAGAAUAUAAUGUGUAUUUUUCGCUUUAAUUUUUAAUCUGUUCAGUGGUUUCCAUUACAGGUCACAGGCUCAGCUUUAAGCUGGUAAAAGGGACUUUUGCUGUUCAAGAUCAGGAGGUUUUGCACUUGGCUGCUAUCUGGAAAUAAGUUUCCCAGCCACUGACUUGUAUAUUGGUGCUGGUCUAUACAUGAUUUAUGGCUGUUCUUAACACAGGUAUUGGGUGAAUGAUAACCUCUACAAGCAAAGCCCAGGACUAUAUGAAUGGGGGUAAUGUGACCGGGGUAUAUGUUUGCAAUAGCCAUCUCACUUGCAUUCUCAAGAUUUUCAUUCCUUUUCUUUUGGAUUCUUGACUCCACAUUCCUCUCGCUUCCAACAGGAGAGCAGAGGAACUUUGUGGGGAGAGUUUGGUGCAGUGUUAAGGGGGGGUGGGGGAGGGUGGAGGGGAGAAGAUAGCUCCAAAUAGUCAGCAUUUCAGUGGUAAUGUGUAUCCACUUGAGGAAUGUCUGUUAAAAGGUAAAUGUAGGGAAUGUGUAUGUGUUUGGGGGGAAAGGGGGGGCAGAAAUGUGUGAAUGGAUGUCGUAGCAAUUAUACAAUUUUACUGUUUCUUGAGGAUGGGAGGUGAGAUGAGAUAUAGCUUAGGGUUUCAAUGGUAAUUAGAGAACUGCCAAGGGUGUAGUUAACCUAGUUUUAAUAUAGUGAUCUAUCAGUGCAGAAUUUACAUCUUUCAUAUGACAAAUUCUCUCUUCAGCCCAUCCUUCAUCUUAUUUGUUUCAAUUUCCUUCUAUCUUAAAUUGCUGAAACUCCUGCCCAGUGUGUUCAGCUACAGGGCAGCAGAGGCUGGGGUGAGUGCAGGCUUUUAUACUGUGGACUGACUGAUCAGGAGGGUGGUGAUGGACAGUGUAUCCUUUCAAUAGCUAAAAACAUAUCUCGUGGCAUCAUGGUUAUCACCAGCAUAUAGUGAACUGAUUGUGAUUUUAUCAACCUGUGAGAUCUUUAAUUUUAAAACUGUAAAUGUAUCAACAAAAUCUGUAAUAAAGGAGGUUAAGACAUACAGUAAUUGUAAA